AUGCGCCGCUCACUGGACAGGGCCGUGCUGCGGUGUGUGUGGCGCGUCGCCGUUGGCGUGCAGCUGCGCACCAUCAUCCCCGGGCAGAUCCCAACAGACGCCGCCUCGGGCGACCCUGCUGCUGGCACGCCCGGGUGGGAGCUGCGGCGCGGGCAUCAUCUCCAGAGCAGUGUUGGUCUGCACACGCCUUUCCCCACUGCCUGUGGUCGGACGUUUAAUCCGCAGCUGUACUACGAGGUCUUGCAGGCCUGCUGCGAUCAGCAGUGGCUUCAGGCAAUUCAGCGGGAGAUGCGAAAUGAUACGGAGUGGGUGGAGUCACUUCGUCGUGAGGGCGGUGUUGCGAAGGCUAUGAACGCUCUCACAGAGUCAACGUACCACGAUGAUGAGUUCAUGAUGAAGCUCCAGGAUACCCUGAAAACCGACAAGAAGAUGUCGCUGACUCUCUGCGCCAUACAAGAGAGCUACGAGCGAAUUCGAAACAAACGGGACAUGCACGAGACUCAUGUCGCGGCGGAUGGUGGACCUGAUCCGUAUGCGACCAUGCGCCAGAAACAACAGGGUCAGUUUGGCAACAAGCUUACUUCGUUUUAG